CUGUCAGCGGGAACGAGCAGGGCAGAAAGUGGGAGGGUUUGCGCGCGGCCGUUGUGUUCGGAUUGACUGCGCGCCCCCUCCCGGUGUAGCCGUUAGCUCGGUGUCCGGUCGAUGUUUUAGCGGCGGAGCGUGGACUGGAAGUGGGAUGAUAGUGUUGUAAACGUCGAGCCAGGCUUCAGCGACCGAGAGAGGACCAGCAGCCGCUCCGCCCCCGGGACAGAACAGGUGUGAGGCUGAGUGAGCGAGCGAGCCCGUGAGAGAAGCACAGAGAGAGAGAGAGAGAUCAUGGAUCACCAGAGACAGAGGAGUCUGUCCACAUCAGGAGAAUCGCUCUACGCCGUGCUCGGGGUCGACAAGAACGCCACCACAGAGGACAUCAAGAAAUGCUACAGGAAGCUGGCGCUGAAGUUUCACCCAGACAAAAACCCGGACAACCCCGAAGCAGCAGACAAGUUUAAGGAAAUCAAUAACGCCCACUCCAUCCUGGUGGACGCCACCAAGAAGAACAUCUACGACAAAUACGGCUCCCUGGGGCUGUACGUGGCCGAGCAGUUCGGAGAGGAGAACGUCAACACCUACUUUGUUCUGUCCAGCUGGUGGGCCAAGGCCCUGUUUGUCUUCUGCUGCCUGGCCACCGGCUGUUACUUCUGCUGCUGCCUGUGCUGCUGCUGUAACUGCUGUUGCGGCAAGUUCAAACCUCACCCGCCAAUGGACCAGGACCCCGAGUUCUACGUCUCCCCGGAGGACCUGGAGGCCCAGAUGACGGCUGAGGAGAGAG